CACCUUUGCACCCAAAGACCAAAGUAGCCAUUGCUAAGCUGCUUGAAGUUCUCCGACACCGAAAGAUUGAAUCUUUGGGGGCUAAACAAGAAAAAAAAAAGGAGAAUAAUUAUGCUUUAUCUCUCUUCUACACUUGUUCCCAAGCCUCCUCUUUCUUAUAGAACUCUUUCGGUUUGUCAGACACCCCAACCUCACAGGAGGAGAUUACGCUGUGGUUGCUAUAUUAAUGACGCAUUACGAGUUAACAGAGAACAAAAUAAGACGGUAUUGCAUUCUGAGGAGAACUUGAGGCGGAGAUUUCUUCUAUUUUUCCUACUUACAUCGGGCAUAUCCCCAGCGUUCCCUUGUUUUGGGAAGACAAAGAGCAAAAACCCGUAUGAUGAAAGACGUUUACUGCAACAGAACAAACGGAUACAGAAAGAAAAUAAUGCACCUGACGACUUCCCUAAUUUUAUCCGAGAAGGUUUCUCAGUGAAAGUAGUGGCAUCAGAAAACUACGUAACACGUGACUCAGGUUUGAUAUUGUGGGAUAUUGCUGUUGGUAAAGGUGAUUGUCCAAAGGCUGGUCAACAGGUGACUUUCCAUUAUAUUGGUUAUAAUGAGUCUGGCCGCCGCAUUGACAGUACAUACUUACAAGGUUCUCCCGCAAAAGUUCGAAUGGGCACUAAUGCCUUGAUCCCAGGUUUCGAAGAGGGACUUAAAGACAUGAAGCCUGGAGGAAGAAGGAGAAUAAUCGUACCUCCUGAGCUAGGGCCACCGGUAGGACCUUCAACAUUCUUCAGUUCAAAACAGUUCGAAGUUUUUGAUGUGGAACUGCUAAGCAUUCAAGAUUGUACCCGGAGGACCAUAGGAUUCUACUCCGAUGUUGUCUGCAAUUGAUUUAGCGAGAUAUAUUUACAUUUUUAAUGUCCUGAUUCAUGCCAUUUCGUAGAACUCUGAAUUUUCAGACCGUCGUGAAAUGCAAUGCAGCUUAUUUAUUCACUUGUUUUGUCAA